AUGGAUUUAGAAAUGGAUUAUACACAUCCAUUAUUUGAUCAUAUCAAAAACGAAAUCAAAAGACUAAAAAAUGAAAUGGAUAACAACGAAAAACAAGAAAUACUAGAUCAGAGAGAAAGAAAAACUGCGCUAACUUUAAUUAAAAGAGACAUUAAAAUGUUAAAACAUGAAAAAUUUUUAGUAAAAACAUACUCAUUUGACACAGAAAAAGAAAAAAAUUUAAAAGAAAGAAUAAAAAAAUUAAAGGAAACACAACAGCUUGUGAAAAAUUAUUAUGCCCUUUAUUCCCUUACUAUGAAAAGAAAAGUAAUUACAAAAUAUCAGCGUAUGAAUACGUCGGGAACCGGACUGAUUGAAAUCGAGAGAUUUAAAAAAUGUUCAAAAACUUUCAUCAUCAAGAACAGCAAGAAAUAUACAGACUAUAAAUCAUUUUUUAGUUAUAUUUCAGAUAAGCUAAUUUCUAAGUUGAAAAAAUCAUGUUUAAAUACAUCGAUAAAAUUUAAUAUACAUGUUGACACUGUUUACGAACGUCCAGUAACCCAUGAUAUUCAGGAUAUGGCUUUUAAAACUUCAAACAUUUUAGCAUGUAGUUCAUCUGAUUUUACUAUUUUAUUGAACAGAAUGUUUAAUAAAAUAUUAACUGAGGAAUCAGAAUUUAUUGCAAAAGGUUCAGGUUGGUCACUUGUAUGAAUAGAUGGGUUACAAUUAAGAAUUAAUUUAGUAAACCCUUUGAAAGGAAGUUCAUAUAUUGAUUUACCUAUAUUUAUAAAAAAAAAAAAAGCCAUUAUAAAUGUUAGAAAUAAAGAUGAAUAUUGUUUUAAAUAUUCUAUACUUAGCAAAUAUGAUAAACGUUCGAAUAAAUCACGAUUUAACCAAACGUAUUUCAAUAUUCUAGAAAAAAAAAGUGGAUUAAAUUUUAAAUGUAUUGAUUUUCCGACACCAAUAAAACAAAUAAAAAAAUUUGAACGUCUAAACAAUGUUUCAGUUAAUAUUUAUAGUUUAAAUAAUAAAAGUAAUAUUUUUCCUUUAUGUAUAAGUAAAAUAGAAAGAAAAAAUCAUUUUGAUCUAUUUUUAUACAAUAACGAUAAAACAUUACAUUAUUGUUAUAUUAAAGAUUUCUCAAGAUUUAUUAGAAGUCAGAAAACUAAAAAUUGUUCUAAGUUAAUUAUUUGUAAGAGAUGUUUUACAAUUUUCGGGAAUAAACCGUGUAAAAGUAAACUUUGGGGUGAAGAAGGAUUGAUUAAACAUAAGCAAAUGUGUGAUAAGAAUGAAUUAGGAAGACCAAUAAUGUUUGAAGAAGGAAAAGAUGAUGAAUUCAUAUAUUUUAAAAGUUAUAAAAAAACCAAUAGAAUACCGUUUGACUAUAGAGUUGAAUAA